GGAUUGGAGACCAUUGAUGAAAAUGUUGACAAAGUUAACCAUUACUGUAGUCCUAAUUGUUUAUAUCAUAUCCACGUUUUUCGUACUCUUUCUCAACCAUUUGAACACUGAUAACGACUUUCGGCCAUCGGAUGACAACUCACUGGACGCCACACUCACCGCUCGUCAGCGAUACCCGUCGGCACUCCGGCAGCCAGUCAUUGACCCCAAAGACGAUCCCAUUACCAUCGAUGGCCAGAUGAGACACACGUUUUGGUUUUUACAGAUCUCCGACCUUCACGUCAGCAUUCAUUUUGAUCCAAAACGAGCGCCAGAUUUGGAGAAAUUCUGCGAGGAGUACAUCGAUAUCAUUAAACCGUCGGUAGUUUUAGCCACUGGAGACCUGACAGACGCCCGAACCAAGAGUCCAAUGGGUUCGCGAGUCCACGAAGAAGAAUGGAUUAUGUAUUGGAAUGCAUUGAAUAAGACUAAAGUCGGCUCCAGAACUGUAUGGCUGGACAUCAAAGGCAAUCACGAUAAUUUCAAUGUCUACGACUGGAGUCAUCGGAACAACUUCUUCAAGAAGUACUCGAUUAGAGGCCCGAAUAACACGCGCUCUUAUAAACACAGUGUCAGACACGACACGGAAACCUAUAGUUUCAUUGGUGUCGACGCCUGUUUGGCUCCGUCGCCGAAAAGGCCCUUCAAUUUCAUUGGUCUGCUUCGGGACAAAGACAUUGAAGCGUACGGUCCAUACCUUUGCGGCCAUUACCACACGGUUGGAGGUCUGGUUCAGCACAUGUAUAGCACACAACCGACCGGUUAUCUGGAGAUAGAAGAGGCCGAUUGGAAAGACUUGCGUACAAUCCGUUUGGCGGCCGUAGAUCACGGACUCUUCACUUUCAUCGACUUUAAAUUCAACGAAUGGCCCGUCAUUUUGAUCACUAACCCGAAGGACUCGCUGUACUCAAUGCCUAACAUCGAGCCCUCGCACCGAACGGCCAACUCUACACACGUCCGGGCGCUGGUCUUCUCCAAGAGUCGCUUGUCGUCCGUUGAGUUCACAAUCGAUGGCAACAAAUGGGUUGAAAUGAAACACAUUUCGGGUCCGCUUUAUGUUCACGAAUGGCAGCCAAAAGACUUUAAUUCUGGCCUUCAUUGGAUUGAAGUGACCGCUACUGACACGGAUGACAACAAGAGGACAGUUAAACAUCAAUUCUCUUUGGACGGAUCAAAGGGUGACUUUGAUUUUGGUGCUCGACUUAUGCUUCGUAUCGACAAUCGAGCGCUCGGAUACUUUCUGUUUGGUUUGGCGAUCAGUAUCUGUGUUAUACCACUCAUUGCAUUACGAAUGAUACCCAACAAUAAAAGUCCGUGGUUUGUGGGCUAUGUAUUAGACGAUUACAUUGGCGUAUGUUUUGUGUGGGGAAUGAUUAUCGACGGCUCGUAUUUGCCCGGAGGUAUCACUUAUAUUCUCGGCACUUUAGUGAUACUCUUUUCGUUGAACUUUUACUUCGCGUACGGAUUAAUGGCAUAUCUGUUGGGCUUUUUCAACACGUGGUCGUACGUCGUGUACAUCAUAUUAUGGCACCAAUCGGUUGGUCUGAGCGCUCACUCAUUCCCGGAACCGAUUCGUCCGAAGUAUCGAAAGACCGUAGAGUUUGAUGACAGAAAAGAGACUCAAAGUCUUACGCGACCGCCGAUUAGAAAAUGACCGCACAUUUGGCCCACAAUUAUAUGAAUGGACUGUUCGGGCGAUUGUGUGAUAGCUAUUGAUUAGUGAAACAAACAAUUUAUACCGGUUUUAGCGUUCAGUUAAAGUGUAUUUUUGUUGCCUCUAAACGGGUUAACUAUAAAAUGUACUUUUAAUUUGAUAUUUUAGUUCAAUAGUAGUUUAUAUAAUGAAAUUAAGUUUUAAUUAUAAUAUUUAUUUAGUUUACUUUUAUUUAAGUAAUUAUUUGUUGAAUUCAUGACUGCAAUUCAUAAUUAUUGUUGAUUAUAACGUAAAUACAUUGUAACGC